AUGCCUAGUGAAAUCGAACUGAACGAUGUCGAAAUUACCAAUAAAAGCCAAACAGAGAUGCUAACAGAAAUGUAUGAACUAAUGAAACCGCGAUCACUCCUUUUAAUGGGUUUUAUUUACGUGUUUGCAGCAGGAUUAUUAGUUUUAACAAUAAUAUUAAUUCCUUCUCAACAAGUUAAUUUAAUAUCUUAUGCCAAUAAGUCUAUAAGUGACAAUUUCGAACUCAGUACAAUCCUAUCUGGCCUCAAACCAUAUUUCAAAAAUGUGAAAUUCGGUUUUACUUCAAGAAGCCUUUUUUCGAAGCCAUUAAUAGCUGUUGCAUCAGGAGUAUUUACAGAAGAAUUCAAUAAUUCAAAAGUUAACCAAGUAGACGUUGCAGAAAAAUCGUAUUACAUAAAAAGAGGCCAAUUUUCACAAUUCUAUACAGCAUCUAACUUUACAAAGGAUAGUAUAUCUUCAAAAUUCAAUUUCAACCUCUUAGAAGGUUCUUUAAUUGAACUUACAAUGAUUUGGAAGUACGACAACUUAGUUUUCUUCCUUAUUAACAUCACAUUCCAAUCCAUUAUAUACAUAGCCUUUGUUAUGAUCUUCCAUUCAUAUAUUAGAGCCAAUUUCAGCAUAAAUAGGAAACAACCAACACUAAUUCAUCAAAUUAUAUCAUUUGCAAACACAGUUUCUCUCGUAUUUCUAUUUCCAAUCAAUCCAAUACUUAGUUUAAUUAACGAAGAAAAAUAUAAAUUAUUUAUUCAAAUAAAUAACAGAUUAUCACAUUCCUUUUACUUUGCCAUAUUCAACAUAUUAACAUGGGCGUAUAUUUACAGAAGACAAUCCGAUAUUAAGUACUUAAAAUACAUUUUCCAAUUUCAUUUAGCAAUUACGUUCUUAUACUUACUUCCUUUGUAUAUAACUGGUAUAGAGAUUGAAUAUAUUCUUGAUGAUACUAUUUUAUUUGGCUUAUUAGCUUUAGUUUGCUUAAAUUCACUCAGAUUACCUUUAAGUGUUGACAGCAGAUCAACAGAGCUAUAUUCAUCACUUAUACAUGUUAUUAUAUUGCUUCUUACUUCUGGAGCUUCCAUUUAUUCUAUGAUGGUUCAAAGAGAACCAAAAUUUACUCUUUAUUCGAAAUUAAUUGAUGGAAUUUCUCUUUGUUUCAUCUGUUUCUUGCAUUGGCCUGUAGAUGAGACACAGACAGCUUACGAACAGGCUGAUCAUCAACAAGAACCACAAGGAGAACUUCUUGAUGAUCUUGAAGAAUAA